UAAUACUUUCUCAGAUUAUGAGAUUACCUCUAAAUGAGAAGGAGCCGAGAGGGAAGUAAAAUUGAAACUCUAUUUAGAAAUAGGUAAGUAUGUAAUAUUGAAUAUGUAGCCAGUUUGUGGAAGAUUGUACGUAUUCGUGUACGAUUUGAAUUUUAACCAGAUAGGCAAAUUAUUCAUCUUCGAAAAGAUGAACCCAUUGAUUUUCCCAAUUUUAUGUUUUUUCGUAACCGAAGUGCGAUCAGAAAAAGCUUUACUUCUUAAUAUACUCUACGGACGCAAUUGUUGGGGGGACCUUGAAGACGUUUGGCACAAUAAUACCCCUAGCCAAUAUAGACGUGAAGACAAAUAUAUUGCCGCGUGCCCAGCUUCCAGCCCUCUAGAGCAGCAAUUCAACAAAGAUGUCUCGUUGUCCAAACAAAGCGUAUUCUCGCGGUUACUUUUGCGGAGAAAUCAAUCCCUGGAAGACAGUGAUGUUGAUUUUUGUGAGAAGUCGUACGAACCUGGGAUGAUUUAUAAUUCACUUACGGGAGAGUAUAAAAUCGGAUAUGAGCUGUAUUUUUUUAGAAACGAGUCCAAACGUGAGUACAGCAGUACAAAAGAUGAUUAUCAUAAUCAUAAAACGGUAAAUAAAGAAAAGCACACGUAUAACACUGAGGAUCAAACAAUAUUCAAUGGUACCUCUGAAUUUGUAAUUAGAUACGAAGAUGUCAACCACAUUAUGUUCAAUGUCACCAAUGGAUAUCCCACUCUGGCUUUUUAUUGGAUACAUGUACUGUCUAUAAAAUGCUCUAAAAACAAUAAACACAUGGUAUUCGAAGGAGAUCUUGGAAACCUUGAAAAUUUGAAGGACGAAUGCAAAAAUUAUCGACUUGCUGAUGAAGAAUUGUACUCAAAGAAAAAUCAGAAAAAGUGUUUAAAAGACAUUUUAGUGCCUUCGUCCGUAUUUAAAGGGAACCCUGAUCUGUCAUGCGGACAACCCUACGGAUGUUUAACGCCAUCGCAGAUACUUCCAUUGUGGUAUUUUGCCUCGAUCUCAUCAGUCAGACUUGCCAGUUGUUCGUAUUUAAACUUGAUACCGGUAUGGAAAAGCAUUGCAGAAGGAAAUUUGAGAAGAGUCGAUCUUUUCAUAGGUGCAAUUAUCAAGAAUUUAGGUUAUGAAGUCAGUGUUGACAAAGUCAUUUUUGGUGUAAAUGGAGUUUUAAAAAUGACGGUACCGGGUGGCAGGCGAAGAAUGUAUUUAUCAGAUACUAAACGCGAUCGUGUCGUGGAAAUUCCAAAAAUAAUUUAUCGAAUUAUUAAAGUCGAAGCGUUAGGUUGCAGUCAUUUCGCAGUAAUCGUAAUCCAUAAUGAUCCUAGCGCAGUCCGGGAUGCUGAUAGACUUUGCGACAAAAACGAUACUCUUAUUGACACGUGGGAUAAAAUAAUCAACGAUGAUCCAAAAACUGGGUUAACUUACGUUUGUCGGAUGACCACAGUUCUUGAAAAAAAAUUAGACGUCGAUUGUUGCAGCAUAAAUGAACUAAAAUUGGCCGAAGUUCCAUGUCACAGACAUGAUCGGUCUGAGGAGUGGUGGUCUUAUGAGAAUAGAGAGGAAAUUGUCAAUUCAAGCUUUGAGAGAUUUUUAAAAGAGAUAUCCUAAAUGAAAUUGUUUACAUUUUUGACGGUUAUUAGAGAAGGCGUAUAUAACUACAUAGUUAUUUGCGAAUAUUUCUUCCAAUCUUUAAAAAUUCUAUUGCAAUCAAUCUAGUUUCCCUUUUAGAAAAAAAUUUUAGUGCCAAUAGAAAUCAAAAAUUUGCACCUUUUUUCUUUUUUCGUUUUCUUCCACGCUCUUCUUCAAUCUUUCGAUUUUUCAAAAUUACUGUAAAAAUACACUGGCGUCAACCAGGGCCACAACAUUUGAAAAUUUACAAUUUUAAAGAACUGCAGUUGCUUCGAAUUGCAACCUUUCUUCGUAUAAGACUUCAAAAUUUCACACAGACAAAUUUUGAAGAAUUUUGGUAGUUUUUCCUGCCUGCUGUCUUUUCAAGCUCAUUACCAAAUUUCGUACUUCAUUGCAAUUUUGUAUAUUUUUUUUGGACGGUAGACAGAGACACCAGAUACGUAUUUCGGACUUCUUUAAAAAAAUUGACAAAAAUUUUAAGAAGUAACUUUGGCAGCAGAAAUUUGGCUCUCAGGUUUAGGUGAUAUUCCCCUUCAGACCGCCGUAUUUCAGCGCAAUCAAAGUCGUUAAAUUGUAAUUAAAUUAUCUCUAAAACAUUUUAUUGCAUGAUUAGCGAUUACCUACUGUACUUAUUCCAAAUUUGUUUAGUUUUAAAAAAUGACUAAGCAUAAAAAUCAAUUUAAUCAACUUUGUCUUUACAAUAUCAUUAAAGAUUAUUAUCAUGUUAA